AUGUGUGACACAGUGACAGAUGGAGGGGGCUGGACAAUUUUCCAACGUCGCGUCUCCGGUGUCGUGGACUUUUACCGCAACUGGGAGGAAUACAAACACGGGUUCGGAGACUUCGACGCUGGAGAAUUUUACCUGGGCAACGAGCAUUUAUAUUGUCUAACUUCUAAUGGAUCUUACCAGUUAAGAAUUGAUAUGACCUACAAUGGAAUCAAGUAUUUCGCAGCGUACUCAAAUUUCACAAUACAAUCAGAAAGCAACUUGUAUAAAUUGCUAGUGAGCGGUUUUAGCGGCAAUGCUCUUGAUGGUCUAAACACCUACCACAACAACCAAUCAUUCAGCACAUACGACGUAGAUAACGACCAGAACAGCGGGUUUAGCUGCGCUCAGCGGUAUUAUGGAGCUUGGUGGUACAACACUUGCUUCCAAUCCAAUCUAAACGGCUUGUACGGCAAGACAGAAAUGGCUAAAGGACUGCUAUGGUCUAGUCUUACGCGAAAUGCUGCAUUAGAAAACACAGAGAUGAAGUUUAAAAGCGUGUAA